CGUGCGCAUGACGGUUUUGUGUUUUAGUUUUACGAGGCGCAACUCGCGCGCAUUCAUCGUCUUAGCGAAAUAAUGCACUUCUGAUAGCAAAGUUCCUGUGUAUUGAUAAACAUACGUGAAAGUUAAAUUUAGUGAUUAUUGUGGUGCUAUAUUAAAAGAACAAUGUUGAGCGGUUGGCAGCUAAUUUUGUCUAAACUAUUUAUAAUUCCCCAAAGAUGGGUCAUGGCCAUCAUGGGGUUUCUGGCUGUAGCGAACGCGUAUACGAUGCGAGUUUGCCUCAACAUUGCCAUAACUCAGAUGGUGCACAGGCGACCUCAUGCAGCUGGCGUUGAUGAUGGUUCUUGUCCUGGAGAUAUAGACGAAGUUAUUACGGAUCCUACAGAAAUAAAUGGAUUCGAAUGGGACGAGGAAACCCAAGGUAUUAUUUUGAGUGCCUUCUACUACGGCUACAUAGUAACUCAUCUUCCUGGAGGUAUGCUAGCUGAGAGAUUUGGAGGGAAAUAUUCUCUUGGUUUUGGAGUUUUAAGUACUGCAGUAUUCACUCUUUUGACCCCUUGGGCGGUCAACGUUGGAGGAGCUACCGGCCUAAUUAUUUUGAGGGUGUUAGAGGGACUUGGAGAGGGCACCACGUUCCCAGCUUUAAACGCAAUGUUAGCACGUUGGGCACCAGUAUCAGAAAGAGGACGAAUGGGAUCGCUAGUGUUUGGCGGUGCACAAAUAGGGAAUAUCGCUGGCACUUACCUCUCAGGGCUGGUGAUGACGGAGACAGGAGAUUGGCACUCUGUAUUUUAUCUCUUUGGCUCUAUUGGUAUUCUCUGGUUUAUAUUAUGGGCGUUGUUGUGUUACAAUGAUCCGGAAUCUCACCCAUUUAUCUGUGAUAGGGAAAAGAAAUAUUUAGAAGAAGCGUUAGGGAGACAUCGAAGUAGUCAACCAUCUGCUAUACCUUGGAAAGCAAUUUUCACGUCUGUGCCAUUGUGGGCCUUAGUAUGUGCUCAGAUUGGCCACGAUUAUGGAUAUUUUACAAUGGUUACGGAUCUUCCAAAAUACAUGACCGGAGUGCUAAAAUUUGAUAUACAUAGGACUGGUACAUUAGCCGCUUUACCAUAUGCCGUUAUGUGGAUUAGUUCCAUUAUAUUUGGAUGGAUGUGCGAUAAGAUGGUGAAGAGGAACUGGUUGACGGUCACUAAUGCUAGGAAGACUUUCACUACAGUUGCCUCCGUCGGGCCCGGUAUAUGCAUGAUCCUAGCGUCAUAUUCUGGUUGCAACACUGAAACCGUGGUGAUCCUAUUCACCGCAUCCAUGGGGUUGAUGGGUGCAUUCUAUCCUGGGAUGAAGGUUAACGCACUCGACUUAAGCAGCAACUACGCUGGCACCAUAAUGGCUAUAGUCAAUGGCAUUGGAGCUAUCACGGGCAUCAUAGCACCGUAUCUCGUCGGAUUAUUAACACCUGAUAGCACAUUAGUGCAAUGGCGAUUAGUCUUCUGGAUAGCGCUCGCCGUCUUUAUUAUAACAAACCUGGUGUUCGUGGCUUGGGCAUCUGGUGAUGAGCAGUGGUGGAAUAGUACUACGCAGGACCCCAGCAAGCAUCACGAAGCAGAAAUCGUCAACGAUCGAUCCGUGAACGCAGAAGUUAAAUUGUAGAAAUAUCAGAUGGGAACUAUUGUUUUGACUUUAAAGUAGCAGUGUUAUUUCGGAUUCUGCCUGGAGGCAGAAAUUAGCCUUUAGCCGCUUUGUAAGUCCUUUCGCGGGGUUGGAGUACUCUCUGCACUCGCCCUAAUUUUCGUCCGGUGCAGCUACAAAAACAUUAGAAUAGUUGAAGAAAAGUAACAAUGUAAUUAGAAAACAUUAUACUGUAAUAAUACUCCCAUGAGAGUAACAAAUAUUAAAACGCAACGUACAAAUUUAGUAUUCGAAGAAUAUUUUUUUUAAUUAGUUAAAUUUAAAAUAUUGGCGAAUCUUUGAAUCCGCUGCCAGUGCUAUGUGAUAGUAAUUUAGUAAUUCGAAUUUUAAAUGUAAGCAUUUUUUAAAUGUAAACUGUAUUACCUAUUUAAUUUAAUUAUUAGAUAUAGUUAGAUACAAUAUUUUCACUGUCGAUAAAUCAGUAUGAUUUUCAAUGUUUAUUUAUUGGAUUAGUUUUCCUUAGUAUUAUAAAUUAUUACAUAUCAUUGUAUUGAUUCUAUGACUGAAAGUAUGUAUACGAUUGUGUCGAGAUUAUAGACGAAACGUGAUUCAUAAAGUUAUAUUGUGAAAUAAAACAAGUAAUGAAUAAUAUGAACGACAUUGUUGUUUAGAUGUUAUCAUAGUAUUGUAUAGGAGAUUCACAUGCACGUCCUUGAUGCGAUAGUGAAUUAUUAGAAGCAUGCAGGCAUUGUAGUCGUGACACUGCAGUAGAGUGACAGAUGUAUGUAAUUCCCUAUUGACAGGUCGAAUAAAGCCGGACUCGAUCGACCGUUCAAUAUUACCUAAUUAUAUUUUUUUAGAUAUUACAAAAAAAAUCCUUUGUUAUGUAAAUGUAUUUUUUUUUUGUCAAAUUCAAUGGAAUAUUAUAAAGCACAGUGGCGUUAUUGUGUCGCAUUACUGUAAUAAAUUAUAACAAAAGAUUUCGACGAAGCAAAUGCAUUACAAGUAUGUAGCAAUGAUUGGAAAUUGUGAUACUUUAUAACCUCGUAUUGCUACUUUUGUAAGAACACAAUAUAGCUUAUAAAUAUAUAUACGUUUGAUACAUCCUACCAAAAUAAGUUCAGAUUCCACACUAUACGUAAAUUUGAUGUUCACGACACGUGUAUGAUUGUUUUAUACGUAUUUACAGAAGAAAAAAUCAUUAAAUACUUCUAUCAUCAUGUUCAUGUCAUCAUCUGUGCCGUACUCAUAGUACCCAUAAGCUACAAUGACUUCUAACCUCAAACUAAUCAAGUCUGAGACUAGAUAGUGCUACGUGAAUACAUUAUUUCAUUUUAUUUUUAUUUUUGUGGAAAUUAUUUUUCCGUAAUUAAAAUUUUGUAUUAUUAGAUAUUUUUAUAUAAAGAAACGUCAUAGAUAUCAAAGCGUGCAUGUGUAUUCUUUCGUAGCCAUUAUCAAUUUGUAGUACACUAGUGCCAUUUGUAAAAUCUAUGGAGUGUACUGUUAGGUAAGAUACAAUGACAAACGCUUCUUUAUUAAUAUAAUAAUGUUUGCAAUAUACAUAUGUUGUAACACUGACGAUUUGUUAGAUUGCUGCGAAUUUAAACUAAGGGUCAGAUAUAGUCCAUGAAUCGCAGUUGAUGUAUAAGACUAAGGGCUGAAACAAAUGACAAUUCUGGUGACAAAUGUCACUUCCGGUGUCUUGGUCUUGCUCGUGACACACAAAUACAAAGAAAUGCUAUAAUUUGGAAAUAAUUUAAAAUAUAGAUAGCACGCUGAAAAAACAUCAGGUGUAACUCUUCAUUUUAUACUUAUUGCUUUAACUUAUGAUUACAUUAAAAGCAUGUAUGUAUAUAAUUUAAAAGCGAUGUGUGUUGCAUUGUCAACCUUAUGUUGUCUGAGAUAAUAAGUUAUAAUUUUGUACAAUACCGUAUUUUUGUUGAAUAUAAACAUUUUUAUAUAUAUUUUGUUUUCGUUAUUAAUUAUACAACGCAUUCAGUAUAACAAUAAAUAUAUUAGGUACAUAGUUACACAUUUUUUUUUGUUUACAUUAAAUAUACAUGAAUAGAUUAAAUAGAUAAUUUGUUUGAUUAUAAUAUAAAUUAGAACCGUUACGGUACUAUUAAAUUGUAACAUUUAAUGUACAUUAAAUCAGCU